UAAAGAUAUAAAUAUGAUAGCUUCUUCUUCUUCUUCUUCUUGCUAUACUCAUACAUUCUCAUAUUUCCAAUCAUAAGCAAAAUGCAGCUCUUUUCCCUUCUCUUCCUCGCCCUGACUGCCCUGGCAGCACCAGCGCCAGCACCAGCUCUCGCUCCAGCCCCUACCGACACAAACGUCAAAGUCAAUCCCAGUGCAAUCGUGGCCUUUGGUUCCUCUGUCUUAGCAAGUACGCCGGUUGCUGCACUGGUCGCGUCUCCGUCAUCUACUUCUACGACCUCUGCAACCUCUGCAACCUCUACGUCUUCUGUAGCCUCCUCGCCUACGAGUAGUAGUGCAUCUGCUGUUCUCGAAACAAGCCAGGUAGACAGCGAGACCAAGAGUGUAUGUGGUCACUGGUCUUCUUGGUACUCUUGGGCUCAGUGGUCUUCUUGGAUCUCGGUCUAUCGAGUAGGUCUACUAGGUAAUGGUAUAGAGAUGGAGAGAAAGAAAGAAAGAAAGAAAGAAAGAAAGAAAGAGAUGGAGUGCUGCUGCUGCUAUUGUGAUGAUGAUGUGAUAUGUUAUGUGUGGUUAUGUGUGGUUAUGUGUGGUUAUGUGUGGUUAUGUGUGGU